UUCAACUCAGAAGCACAUAUAUCUGCUUCUACCUUCUAAGUUCUGGGAUUAAAGGCAUGAGCCAUUACACUCAGCUUACAAAUUUUUGUUGUAUUUAGUAAUGGUUCAUGCAAUUUCUUUGAUAUGUGCUCAGUACUGUUGAAGUCUUUUCUUGUCUCUCUAACUCUGUUAAUAGGAAUUUCUCUUGCAAGACGAUAUCCAAUUCCAAGCAUUCAUAAAUAAUUGUUGUAAACCUCCUAUUGAGUUUGUUUGUGAAGUAACUUGAUGAUUUCAUUGUAAUGUCUGAGUCAUAAAAUACGUGUGGCAGUCACCAGAAUUGUGUGGCUAUAUUGUCAAAGAAGCACACAUUUACAAUGUUAUAUCAUGCUUUUUGUUUUAUACAUCUGGAUGCACAUUUAUGUAUGGCAUAUUUUAGAAUGCAGUGACCUAUAAUGAUGUGCAUGUCAACAUCACUCAGGAAGAGUGGGCAUUGAUGGAUCCUUCACAGAAGAAUCUCUACAAAGAUGUGAUGCUGGAGACCUAUAUGAACCUCAUUGCUAUAGGCUACAAUUGGGAAGAUCUUAAAGUUGAAGAACAUUGUCAAAGUUCUCAAAAACAUGGAAGGCAUAAAAGAAAUCAUACUACAGAGAAAGCACGUGAAUAUACUGAGUGUGGUAAAGUCUUUGUAUGUCACACUCAUCCUCAAAGGCAUGAACAAACACUUACUGGAGAGAAAUCCUAUGAAUAUAAUCAUUGUGGUAAAACCUUUGCACAACACAGUCAUCUUCACAGGCAUGAAACUACACAUAACCUUAAAAAACCUUAUGGGUGUAAUCAAAGUGGCAAAGCCUUUACUCAU